AUGGGCUGUGAGUGCUCUAAAACUCCUUAUAGCAUUAUUUCAGAUGAAGAAAAAUUUAUUGAAGAAGCAGAAAAAUAUCUUGAAAUACACAAACACAAAGCAAGUACUUUAAUCCAAAAAUUUCUGUCGAAAAUCAAGACAGAAACAGCUUCAAAAGAGCAAAUACAAAAAAUCUUAUAUUUUUUGAAGCUUAAUAAAAAACCUCAUUCAAAGCUUUAUAUAUCUUUAAAGGGAUUUGGUGAUGCUAUAAUGACUGAAUCUGAAAUUAACUUAGCCAAAACGAAAUGCACAAUAAUUCUUUUAGCCAAAGAUUCAUGUGAAAUUAAAGCUAAACUUUUAUUUGAAGCUAUCGAAUCAGGAACUGAAAUAAACUCAAACAAAUUAAAUACUUUACUUGAUAUAAUUUCUACAUCAGCUAUUCAAUUAGUGCAAAGCGCUAUUAAUUUUUCACCAAAAGGACUUUCAGCUGGCCGUGCAGAAAUUUAUUCAAAAAAACUUAAACAGUCCCAGCCUUAUUUUACAGAUAAACUCCAAACCUUGAUUUUGGAUGGGCUGUCUAAAAUUCCGAAAAAUCAAUUUAUAGCGAGAAUAUCAAAUUCAAAUACUUUAAAAAAUAUUUUAUACUUAUAUCAAUGAUAAUGCAUAAUCAGUAUCAGCUUAUUUUAUAAUGCGAAAAAGAUUAAUAUAUAUUUAUUAUUAUUUUUAUAGGAAUAUCAACUUAUGGGAUUAGAUCAUUGCUGUUCAAAUACUACCCUGAAGCUUUAUUGCUAGUCCCCAUCUCCCAAAAACCUGAUAUUUUUUAUUAUAAUUAUCCCAAAGUUAGCCCUAAUCAGCCCAGGACUACAUUAGUCUGCAAAAAUUCACAUGUCCUUAAAUGGACAAAUGAUUGCCCUUUUUACUAUAUGAAUACAGUUGGCAGUUGAGAAAUAAAAUGCAAAAAAUGUAAUACCUUGUUCUCUUCAUCAUGCUGGCACUGUAGAGAAUGCUUAUGAGAUAUCUGCGAAAAAUGUGGACUAGAUCUCAAUCAAAAAGCUCCUAAACUUUCAUGUACAAAAGACCACGAGCUUGUUUGAGGAAUAAGCAAUAAUGCCACUUUUACCUGCAAGAUUUGUAAAAAUGAAGAUAAAGAUUUCGAGUGAAAUUGCGAAGAAUGCAAUUAUUCAGUUUGCAAAGACUGUGGGGAGAAAUUUGGGUAUAAAGCUACAUUAUGGCCAAAUUUGUGCGCAAAUGGUCACAGCCUUACUAUUCAGUCAGAUAUACAGGCGAAAUAUCAAGAAAAAUAUGGGAAAGGGCCGAUAUGUGAAAAAUGUGAAGCGGAAAUUCAUGAGGACUGUUAUCAUUGUAAUGAGUGUGAUUUUGAUAUAUGCAAAAAAUGCAGUGGAUACAUUAAUAAACCAUUAGGUCCACAUCCUUGUUUUGUAUGUACAGAAGGGCAUUAUUUAAGGUCAUUUCAUUCGGAUACUGAAUCAGUUUGUAAUAGUUGUAGCUCACAGUGCGGAUUUAAAUUUUAUUUUUGCCAAGAUUGCGGAUUUUGUUUAUGCCUAACAUGCUGCUCUAAUUUAUAUAAAAAUAUUAUAGUCCCUUGCGUUAAUUGUGAAAAGAAUCUCAAUACUAGGAAAAAAAAAAUUCUAUAGGUGGAGAAUAAUCUGACUUUAGUGAUUAAUUAAAAAGAUUAUACUAAACAAUGCCAAAAAAUAUGCCCAAAAGGCCAUAAAUUGACUUACAAUCCUCAGGUAACCCAAAGAUACAAAGAAAACAAAUUCCUCUGUGCAAUUACUAAAAAACCUAACAAAAACAUUGGCUCCUUUAACUGCUACGAUUGUUCAUACGACAUAAGCCUUAUUUCUAUAAAUUCUUAA